AUGCCAAUACAGCAAGUCCUGUUACUUCUGUUGCUCUGGAUGUGGCUGCUACAUCCCUGCCGCACAGAAAUGCUGUUCAGAAGGACUCCUGAUCUCAGACACAGAAGUUCUGUGGGACGUGCAUCAGGCAGCGAUGGAAAAGCCCUUCACCGCCAGAAACGCGGCUGGAUGUGGAACCAGUUUUUCCUUUUAGAGGAAUACACGGGAUCUGAUUACCAGUAUGUAGGCAAGCUUCAUUCUGACCAGGAUAAGGGAGAUGGAUCCCUCAAAUACAUUUUAUCUGGAGAUGGGGCUGGUACUCUUUUUAUAAUUGAUGAGAAAACAGGUGACAUUCAUGCCACUCGGAGAAUUGACAGGGAAGAAAAAGCCUUUUACACCUUGCGUGCCCAAGCUAUUAACAGAAGAACUCUGAGACCAGUGGAACCCGAAUCUGAGUUCGUCAUCAAAAUCCAUGACAUUAAUGACAAUGAACCAACGUUUCCAGAAGAAAUUUACACUGCUAGUGUUCCUGAAAUGUCAGUAGUGGGUACUUCUGUGGUGCAAGUCACAGCUACUGAUGCCGAUGACCCUUCCUAUGGAAACAGUGCCAGAGUCAUUUACAGCAUACUUCAGGGGCAGCCAUAUUUCUCCGUGGAACCAGAAACAGGCAUCAUCAGGACUGCUUUGCCAAACAUGAACAGAGAGAACAGGGAGCAGUACCAAGUUGUUAUCCAGGCAAAGGACAUGGGAGGCCAGAUGGGUGGAUUAUCAGGGACCACCACUGUGAACAUCACUUUGACUGAUGUCAACGACAAUCCACCUCGAUUCCCCCAGAGUACCAUCCACCUCCGCAUUCCUGAGUCCUCCCCAGUUGGGACAGCCAUUGGCAGCGUCAAAGCCACUGAUGCAGACACUGGAAAAAAUGCAGAAGUAGAGUACAGAAUUAUAGAUGGUGAUGGGACAGAUAUGUUUGAAAUUGUGACACAGAAGGACACUCAGGAAGGCAUCAUAACUGUGCGAAAGCCACUGGACUAUGAGACGAGAAGGCUUUAUACAUUGAAAGUAGAAGCUGAGAAUACCCAUGUGGAUCCACGCUUCUAUUAUCUUGGGCCUUUUAAAGAUACAACUAUCGUGAAAAUCUCUGUAGAAGAUGUAGAUGAACCUCCUGUCUUCAGCAGAUCUUCUUACCUUUUUGAGGUGCACGAAGAUAUCGAGUUGGGGACAAUAAUAGGAACGGUAAUGGCACGGGAUCCUGAUUCAGCUUCAAGCCCCAUAAGGUUCUCUCUGGAUCGUCACACAGACCUUGACAGGAUAUUCAAUAUUCACUCUGGAAAUGGGUCCAUCUAUACUUCUAAGCCACUUGACCGUGAGAUAUCACAAUGGCACAAUCUUAGUGUUAUAGCAGCUGAGAUCAACAACCCCAAAGAUACUACUCGUGUUCCUGUCUAUGUAAGAAUUUUGGAUGUUAAUGACAAUGCCCCACAGUUUGCUGUAUUCUAUGAUACCUUUGUCUGUGAAAAUGCAAGAGCUGGACAGCUUAUUCAGACCAUAAGUGCAGUAGACAAAGAUGACCCUCUCGGGGGACAAAAAUUUUUCUUCAGUUUAGCUGCUGUUAACCCUAACUUCACUGUUCAGGAUAAUGAAGAUAACACUGCCAGAAUUUUGACGAGAAGGAAUGGCUUUAGUCGACACGAAAUAAGUACGUACCUUCUACCAGUGGUGAUAUCAGACAAUGACUACCCGAUCCAGAGCAGCACUGGCACGCUGACCAUACGCGUAUGUGCCUGUGACAGCCGGGGAAACAUGCAGUCCUGCAACGCAGAGGCCCUGCUCCUCCCUGCUGGCCUCAGCACAGGGGCACUGAUUGCCAUUCUCCUCUGCAUCAUCAUCCUGCUCGUUAUAGUGGUGCUGUUUGCUGCUCUGAAGAGGCAACGAAAGAAGGAGCCUUUGAUCCUGUCUAAAGAGGACAUCAGAGACAACAUUGUGAGUUAUAAUGAUGAAGGUGGUGGAGAGGAAGACACCCAAGCCUUUGAUAUUGGCACACUGAGGAAUCCUGCAGCUAUCGAAGAUAAGAAGCUUCGACGAGAUAUUAUCCCUGAAACACUAUUUGUACCACGGAGGACUCCUUCAGCACCAGAUAACACAGACGUCCGAGAUUUCAUUAACCAAAGGCUAAAAGAGCACGAUACUGAUCCUUCUGCACCACCGUAUGACUCGCUUGCAACUUAUGCCUAUGAGGGAAAUGAUUCAAUAGCUGAAUCCUUGAGCUCCUUAGAGUCAGGUACUACUGAAGGAGACCAAAACUAUGAUUACCUCCGAGAAUGGGGCCCUCGGUUUAAUAAGCUAGCUGAAAUGUAUGGUGGAGGAGAAAGUGACAAAGACACUUCUUAA